UUUUGGGGGCAGUAAGACCCAGCGCGGGCCCGCGGGACACCGGCGCCGCGCACUCACGUCCCUGCCAGGCACCAUGAGCGAGGCGGCGGAGACCAGCACCCCCGGCUCGGCGCCCACCGCCGCCACCGCCUCCCCGGCCGGAGCCCCUGCGUCGCCGUCUCCCGCCGGCCCGGACGCCAAGCCCAAGAGCCCUGUCAGCGCCGCCGCGCCGAGCGCGGCUGUUGGUGAGGCGGCCCCUGCCGCCGCCGCUGCCGCCUCCGCAACCACCCCGACAGCCACAACCGCCGCGGCCGAAACGGAGAAGAAAGUGCUGGCCACUAAAGUUCUUGGCACAGUCAAGUGGUUCAAUGUCAGAAAUGGAUAUGGCUUUAUCAACAGAAAUGAUACCAAAGAAGAUGUGUUUGUCCAUCAGACGGCGAUCAAGAAAAACAACCCCCGCAAAUACCUGCGCAGUGUUGGUGAUGGAGAGACUGUAGAGUUUGAUGUGGUCGAGGGAGAGAAGGGUGCAGAAGCAGCUAACGUCACUGGUCCAGAUGGAGUCCCUGUAGAAGGCAGCCGCUACGCUGCAGACCGGCGCCGCUAUCGACGUGGCUAUUUCGGCCGACGCCGUGCACCACCUCGAAGUGGUGUUGAAGGAGACAUGAAGGAUGGAGUCACAGAAGGAGGACAGCUUCAACAAGUCCAUAGGAAUCCCAUGUACCGUCCCCGCUACCGCAGGGGGCCCCCACGUCCUCGGCCUGUCCCAGUGCCUGGAGAGGCUGAAAACAAGGAGAACCAUCACGAGGCCAGCGCCAUGAGCCAGCAGCCACCUCGCCGUGGGUACCGGCGCCCUUACAACUACCGCCACCGCCCUCGUCCACCCAGCACUUCAGCUCAGGAUGGGAAAGAGACAAAGGUGACUGAAACACCUGCAGAAAAUCCUGCUCCGGCAACUGAGCAGAGUGGUGCUGAGUAAUGCCCAGCUCCUCAGGCACCUUUACCAUCCCUCAGGUGUCCUAAAACACAACUCAAAAGUAACACCAAAGAAAUACAGAAGCAAUAAAUUGUCAGCAGUGAUGAAAGCAAAGGGUUUUUUUUUCUUCUUUUUGGAACAUGGAAACUUAAAAAUGAAAAACUGACCAGCAGCUGAGAUCCAGGGAACGCCUGCAGGAGAGGAGAUGCAUGGAGAGGGGAAAAAGAGAGCGAGGUUCAGAAAGAGCAACCUCCCUUGUGUCAACAGCAACUCUGGGGGGGCUUGGGUUUGGUUGUUUUGGUUUUUUUUUUAGAAUUUCACUUUUUUUCACUAGUAUUGAAUUUUUUCAAUUUCUUUUUUUUUCUUUUUGGUAUCAAACUGAAAAGGGAAAACAAACCCAACCAAAGAACUGAAAAUGAAAUCAAAUGCUCUUUUUUUUUUUCUUAAUUAUUGGAUGCUGGUGCUAAACCUCCCAGGUGUGAUGAGUUUUGGGGUUGUUUUUUUUGUGCCAGUCCUGUCCACUGCAGGACAGAGGGAGGAGAAACUUCUGCUUUCCUUGGUAAGAUCUCUUUGAAAGUGUGCAGCAUGGGUGACGUUCCUCACAAAUAAAAGUGAUUUCAACCACCCAAAAA